GACGAAAAUUUCUCUAGGAUGACGCCUCCCAAAGUGCUUCCUACUACAGGGCAUUCAUCAGAAGUGCUUCCUCCAAAGCAGGAUUCUACAGUAAUUGCACAGAAUUGUACGGCUCCAUCGCCUGCCGUUAUUCCUGUUAAAACAGAAUCACCUAUUAUCGCUCCCAUAAAAACAGCAUCACCUAUUGUUGUACCUAUCAAAACAGCAUCGCCUGUAGUUGCCCCUAUCAAAACGGCAUCGCCUGUAGUUGCCCCUAUCAAAACGGCAUCACCCGUCAUUGCCCCUAUCAAAACAGCGUCACCUAUAGUCGCUCCUAUUAAAACAGCAUCACCAAUUAUUGUUCCCACUAAAACAGAGCCUUCAACUAGUAGUCUCGCAUCAAUCGCAAGUUAUGAUAAAAACUUUUUAUCGCCAAAAAAAAUUAUAUCAUCACCUCCGGUUUCUACACCAUCCCGCAAUUUGGGCUCAACCCAACAAUUGACGUCCACUGAAACUGACAUGAAGACUCCUCACAUGAUUCGCUUGAAUGCUACUGAAAAUGAAAUCAAUGAUCUUCAUAACCGAAUAGAAGAUAUGGGAAAUAAUUAUAUAGCAAAAUAUCAUGAUCGAACAACUGAAGAAUAUCUUGAUAAUCUCGAUAAUCUCGAGACAUUGUCGAUCGGUGAUUUACCAGUAAUAACAUCAGAAAUAAAUCGACUGGAGAACGAAGCUAGCUCCAUGACUCAAGCUUUAGUCGAUUUGCGGAAUCAAGUUAAUGAAUACAGUCAUGAUGUCCGAAUAGAUCUUGUCAAAACAAAAACAGAUAUUCAACACCUAAUGUACACACCUAAUAUGAUUACUGUUGGUCGUCGUGGGAUAUUACAAUCUCGCAUAAAAGAGAGGCUAGAAACGACUUUUAAGACUGUUAAGGAAAGUGCGCAAGCUUUGGAGACACAAUUAAAUGCAUUACAUGAUCAAAUUCAAGAGAAAAAAUCUAACAAAUCAAUUCGUAACAUUAGCAAAGGCUUGUACCGUAAUGCAUCUCAAAUUGAACAAUUGAGCGCUCAAUUAGACCAACUGCAGAUAUCUUUUGGAGACGAUGCUUCUAAUCGUGAAACAUUUGUAUCUCACACAAUCAAUAGAACUGAGCCAAAUAAGACAUAUACUAAAAAUAUUUCAUAUUCAGUUGAUGCAGCGAAAGCAACUGCUGCUUAUCUUAAUAAAGAACGUAUUUGCGAAAAGCUCAAAAAUAUAAAUAAAUUUAAUAGAAAGGGUCCCGUCAAAAACAGUAUUUUCGAAGAAAAUGAAGAUGAAUUUAUUGAAAGAAAAUCUAUGUCUCCAAUAAUAAUUUCACCCAAAAAAAGUCCAAGUGCGCUUAAGCCUCGUGCAUUUUCUCCAACACAAAUUCAUCCAACUCAUGAAAGUAAGCCGUAUCGCUCACGCACAACGAUUACGAGUCCUCUAAGAAAGAGCGUUUAUCCUUUAUCAUAUCAGGCGGAAAAUGUGGAAGACAGUACUGAGAUAUACCAAGACUAUGAGGACAGACGACCAUUUCUUCACGACGAUAUAUAUUCUCUUCCCGAAAACCUGGGAAUUCAAGAAACAGACCAUGCAGCGGAAGUGUCAUCAAGCGUCAAAUUCCAAGAACCUAUCGAAAUAGAGUCAGAGUCAUCCCUAUCAUAUGGCGAUAAGACUGUGGAAUCUGAUGAGUUAAACUUGUAUCGGGUGUCACCGAAAUUUAUACCUACAUUUAUCUCUAAGGAUAGUGAGACAACACAGGAGUCAUCAACGCUUGAAACGACACCUUCAUAUCAAGGUAAAGAAGUACAAUAUUCGGAUUCUUAUCGGGAUGAAACUCAAGAUUCUGUUGAAUCGAAAAUUGUCGCGCCUGAUGUAUCCGGAUUGUCAAAAGCUUCCGAACUUAAACAGGCUUAUGACCAUUUUGAGGAAGAUUCCAAAUCUGGAGCACUACAAUUAGUGCCUGAUACAAUUGAAGAAGAUAAAAAUAGUAAUGAAUUAAUGGGGGUCUCUGAAAAUUUUGGUUCAUUUGGGCUAGGUGAACCAUCAGGAACAAAUAAUGCAUCUGGUUCGCAAGGCAGUUUUGGUUUGUUUGGAGAUAGGUCACUUAUAAGCACUUCUACUAGUAUUCCUCCUGCUUUUGGUAAGCAGACAUUUGGUACAGCAACAUCUGCUCCUAUCGUGUUUGGAGCAGGAUUACAACCUGGCGGUAAUGCCACAGGUAUUCCACCAGCUUUUGCAACACAACCUAGCAAUGCAAAUGCAUUUAGUUCAUUAUCUGCUAAUCCUCCUCAAGCAUUUGGACAACCAUCGUUUGGUCAAACUGGCUUUGGACAAUCAUCACUUGGUGCACCUAAUGCACAAGCAUUUGGGCAACCAGCAUUUGGACAGCCAGCAUUUGGACAACAUGGUUUUGGACAAACGCGGACGUUUGGAACUCCUUCCGCACUUUCCGCAAAUUUGAAACCUCCAAGUGGUGGCGGAUUUGCUCGGUUUGCAAG